CUCUCUGUGCUUCCUCUUUGUAAUUUUUUUUUAUAAAUAUUGUAGUCGUGUCGAUAGCCGGUACGCUAUAAUGCGAGUGCCGACCAGUAUUGUUUUUCUUAGCAUUUUUGUGAUCCUCUCGACUUGCAUGAGCAGCAUUCAAUGCGAGAAAGGAAAGUUGGAUCAAGAAGAUCUUAAAUCCCAAAAAUUUCCAUCCUGCGCAGCAUGCAAACUGCUUAUUAAUAGUUUCAAAAAGGGUUUUGAAAAGACAAGUCGUGGAAAGUUUGAAGGCGGUGAUAGUGCUUGGGAGGAGGACAAAUUAGGCUCGUAUUCAAGAAGCGAAAUACGAUUGAUUGAGAUACAAGAGAACUUGUGUAAAGAUGUCGAGCGUGGCCAGGUGCAGUGCCAAUCUUUAGCCGAAGAAUUAGAGAGUCAGAUAGAAGAAUGGUGGUUUAAACAUCAAGAUACUCAUCCAGAUAUACAUGAUUAUAUUUGCAUUGAAAAGACAGAGCGUUGUUGUCCAAAGGAUCAUUAUGGCCCGAAUUGUACGCAGUGUCCAGGAUACCCAGAUAAC